UUAGCACCAGAUGCGGCACACGCGCUUGACGAGGCGGUAGCAGUGGCGCGCCGCCGUGGACAUGCUCAAACGACGUCACUUCACGCCAUAUCCGCCCUUCUCUCUCUCCCUUCCUCCGCCCUUCGCGACGCUUGUGCACGCGCCCGUAAAACCACCGCCUAUUCUCCUCGUCUUCAAUUCAAAGCACUCGAGCUCUGUCUCAGCGUCUCUCUUGAUCGAGUCCCUUCCACUCAAAUCUCCGAUGACCCUCCGGUUUCCAACUCCCUCAUGGCCGCCAUUAAGCGCUCUCAGGCCAACCAGCGCCGCCAGCCGGAGAAUUUCCAUUUGUAUCACCAGCUAUCUCACCAGUCCUCCAUUGCUUGCGUCAAAGUCGAGCUCCAGCAUUUUCUUCUCUCCAUUCUUGACGAUCCUGUCGUCAGUAGGGUUUUUGGUGAAGCCGGAUUCCGGAGCUCCGAAAUUAAGCUUGCUAUUAUUCGCCCUUUUCCUCAGCUUCUUCGCUACACCUCUCGUGCUAGAGGUCCCCCUUUGUUCCUCUGUAAUUUGAUGGACUGUUCCGAUCCCAAUCGUCGGGGUUUCUUGUUUCCCCUUUCCGGAUUUCGCGAUGGAGACAACAACGAGAACAAUCGCAGAAUCGGAGAGGUUUUGGGAAGAAACAGAGGAAGGAAUCCCCUGCUUGUCGGAGUAUCUGCUUACGUUGCGCUCAAGGGUUUCAUGGAAGCUGUUGAGAAACGGAACGACAAUUUCUUGCCGGAGGAAUUGGCUGGUGUGAGAACUAUUUGUCUAGAGAACGAUUUCUCUAGGUUUUUGUCUGAGAAUUACGAAAUGGGGUCUUUGAAUAUGAGAUUUGUGGAAGUUGUUCAGAUGGUGGAGCAGUCGCCGGAGUCUGGAUUGAUAGUGAAUUUCGGAGAUUUGAAGGCAUUUGUCAGCGAUAAUUCUACCGAUGAUCGAGCAAGCCAUGUUGUUGGCCAAUUGAAAAAGUUGGUCGACGUUCACGGUGAUAAAGUUUGGCUGAUCGGCGCCGCUGCAAGCUAUGAGACUUACUUGAGAUUUGUGACUAAAUUUCCUUCCAUCGAGAAGGAUUGGGAUUUGCAUCUUUUGCCCAUCACUUCUCUCAAACCUGAAUCAUAUCCCAGGUCCAGUUUGAUGGGAUCAUUUGUACCACUUGGUGGAUUCUUUUCCACUCCUGAUGCAAGUAUCCCUUUGAAUGGUUCGUGCCAACAUCCUUCCCGCUGUCUUCAAUGUGACAAAAGCUGUGAAGACGAAGUAAUUGCUGCUUCAAAGGGUGUUUUUACUCCGCCUCUUGCCGAGCAGUACCAAUCUAGCCUGUCUUCUUGGAUGCAAAUGACUGAACUUAGCAACUUCGAUGCAUUUGAUGUGAAGACCAGAGAUGAUGGACUGGUACUGAGUGCCAAAAUUGCAGGGUUCCAAAAGAAAUGGGACAAUAUAUGCCAGCGUCUUCAUCACGGUCAACCAUUAAAAGAAGCACCCAUGUUUCCGACGGUUGUGGGAUUCCAAGUCAGUGAAGAUAAAAGGGAAGAUGCAGCUGUCAUCAACUGCAGCAGCAGUGCCUGUGUUUCAUCACACAAGGAUUCAUCCGCAGAUUUGAACUCCAGAAAUUUCAUGGAUUUGCCCAAGAUUUCUCUCUCGAGAUCAAACACAUUUCCUUUAUCUGGCAAGGCGAGUAAUGAGAAUUUCCUAUCCAAACUUCAGGAAGAAACACCUAAAACUGAAGAUCUCGAGUUAGGGGGUCGCAACUCUCCUUUCAGCCUGUCUAUUUCCAGUGUGGAUGAUGAAAAUCGAACAUCCUCCCCGUCUGCAGGUUCUGUCACGACAGAUUUAGGAUUGGGGAUAGUUUCUUUGCCUACCAGUUAUAAGCUGAAGAAACCAUUAAAUCCUAAUAGCGCAGACUUUCCAUCUGACUUAUCAGGCUGCUGCUCUACAAAUGUUGAUUUAGUUAAUGGUAAAGUCUGUAAUGGCUUCACCCCAUCUUCAUCCUGUUCCAGCCCUGAACAAAGAGGACAGAUGAAUGCUAUGGAUGUCAAGACACUCUUUCGAUUGCUGAAGGAAAGAGUUUUCUGGCAAGAUCAGGCUGUGAGCAUCAUUAGUCAAACAAUAUCCCAACGCCAAACAAGAAGCGAUAAACGCCAUGGAUCUAAUUUGAGAGGGGAUAUAUGGUUCAACUUUGUUGGUCCUGAUAAGUUUGCUAAAAAACAAGUCGCUAUUGCACUUGCUGAGAUAUUGUAUGGCAAUAAGGAUCAGUUCAUUUGUGUUGAUUUGAGUUCCCAAGAUGGGAUGAUCAAUCCCGAUACGCCACAAAUGAGAAGUUACAAUGCAGAAUUCAGAGGGAAAACUGUUCUGGAUAUCGUCGCUGCUGAAUUGAGAAAGCAACCCUUAUCCAUUGUUAUGCUUGAAAAUGUCGACAAGGCUGAACUUCUUGAUCAAAAUAGAUUGUCAAAAGCUAUUCAAACUGGUAAACUCUCAGAUCUGCAAGGAAGAGAAGUUAGCAUUAAAAAUGCGAUAUUCGUGACGUCGUCAACAUCGUUUAUUACAGAUCAUCGAAUAACUUUUCCCAACAAGCAAAUGUCCAAGUAUUCUGAAGAAAGACUCUUGAAAGCUAAAAGUUGGCCAUUGUGCAUAGAAGUUGCUUCGAGCUUUGGAGAUCAAACAAACCGAAGCAAGACGGUCUCUGAUACAGAGAGAAAGAGCAUCCUUAACCCCUUUUUUAUGAGCAAAAGGAAGCUUAAUGUCAUAGAUGAAUCUUCAGAUCAGCAUGAAAUAUCUGAAAUGGUGAAACGGAGUAAUAAGAUGCCAAUGUCCAACAAAUACCUGGAUUUGAAUCGGCCUGCAGAAGAGAAUGCCCGGCAUGAUAUUGAUGAUGAUUGCCCUGAUAACGACUCCACUUCUGAGAUCUCCAAAACAUGGUUACAAGAUUUUUGUAACCACAUUGAUCAAGCAGUAGUGUUCAAGCCAUUUGAUUUUGAUGAUCUAGCUGAGAAAAUUCAAAAGGACGUUAAGAAGAUCUUCCACAGUGUGUUUGGCCCAGAAUUCAUGCUUGAGAUCGACUCAAAGGUCAUGGAACAAUUGCUUGCAGCUGCUUAUAUUUCAUAUGGGAACAGAGAUGUUGACGAUUGGAUGGAGCAAGUACUAAGCAGGAAAUUCUUAGAAGUCAAAAGAAUACACAUACUCUCUUCUUAUUCCAUUAUCAAACUUUCCACAUGUGACCAGGAGCUUUCAUUGGAGGAAAAAACAGCAGAAGUCUGUCUUCCCCAGAGAAUCAUUUUCAAUCUGAAGUCGUGUUCUAGCUAAGAUGUAAAAUGUAGUGUCAUGUAAUCUAGUAAAACCUUGCCUAGCCUGUAAAUCCCAUAAUUUUGUUGGGUUUUCUUUUUCCAGGUUAUGUUCUGUAAGAUAUGAUAUUUAGUUGCGUGAUGAAGUUCAGCAAGUUAUAAGCCAUUCACCAUUGUUUUUGCUUGCA